GCGUAAUCUCACUGAAUCACCUUCUACUGAUUCAUAAUCUGAUUUCUAAUCCAUUAAUCCACACUCAUCUCAAUCUUAAUUAGUGUCAUGCAUUUUUGACGAAUUUCUAGGAUCGGAAUUUUGAUUUGAGCAGAACAAAAUGGAGGAUGAGAAGAAGAAGAAGAGAAACAAGAAGAAGAAGAACAAACAGACGAAACAGGCGGAGGACAUUGCGCGUGGUGCUGAUGAGAAUCACGUGAGCAAUGAGGAUAAUAAUCAUAGCGAAGUUUUGGAGAUGGCCGAGCUUCAAAAUGGUGGUGUGGAUCUGAGUAGACACCAUCACCAUUCCAAUGGUACUGAAGGCGCCAUUUUAGCGGAAGCUGAGAAACAACAGCUGCUGCAAAGAAAGGUCAUGUUAGAAGAGAUAGUCAAACAACUGCAAAAUGAAAAAGACUCUUAUUUACAGAAAGAGGCUACCUUACAAGAGACAGUCAAACAAUUACGCAAAGAAAGUGAUUCAUACAUGGAAAAAGUGACUACCUUAGAAGAAAAGAUAAAACAGUUACAAAGGGAAAAUGACCUACACAUUCAUAAAGAGGAUGCAUUAGAACAGACAAUCAAACAAUUACGAAAUGAAAAGAAUUUACACAUGCAAAAAGAGGGUAGUCUAGAGAUGAGUAUUGUAAACUUACAGAGUGAAAAAAGUAUCUGGCUUCAAAAAGAGGCUGACUUUGAGGGGAAAAUCAGACAGUUAGCGGAUGAAAAUGCUGCCCUGAAUUUCAAGGGGGCAAGCUUGGAGGAAAAAAUAGAACUUCUGCAGAGAGACAAAGAUUCUUGGAUCCAAAUGAAGAACAUAUCCAAAGAUACAAUUACUAGCCUGAAUGAUGAUAUCACACAACUAAAGAUGCAGGUGGUGGUGUUGGAAGAAUCUAGGAAUUCUCUCAUAAAAGAAAACCAACAACUGAAUGAAAAUGUGUCUAGUCUGCAGUUACAGCUUCAAAACCUUGAGAAUAGUGUUUCCUCUGCUCGCUCAUCCGAUGAAAUUAAGAAGCAGACUUCUGAAGAGGACUUCAACACUCAGAUUGAAGCCGCAUGUCGAUUGGUUGAUAAAUUGAUCUCAGAAAAUGUAGAGCUUGUUGAGAAGGUGAAUGAUUUGUCUGUUAAACUUGAUCGACAAACUCAACAAGCUGGGCUAUCUUCUGGCAUUGGAAGUGAUCCAUCGGCUAAAACCAUCAUUAAUGCUGAACCCAUUUCUGAAUCCAGUGUAAAUAUGCCGAUGUUGAGCCAUAACCUGGAGUCUCCGGAAAUAGUAGAAGUUAAAGAUGGGAGAAACACAGUUAAUAAUGUGCAUGCAGAGCCACUUGCUUUUGUUCCAAACCCUUCAGAAGCCGAUGAUUCUGGAGAAAUAGUCCAAAUUCCAUUGGAUGAUAAUGAAGUCCAGGAUCUGGAGUCUCAGGCUGGUGAGAUGGAUGAAAAAACUGCUGUGCCGCUGUCAGACGCUCCUCUUGUCGGAGCUCCUUUCCGAUUAAUUUCAUUCGUUGCUAAAUAUGUUAGUGGUGCUGACCUGGUCGAAAACUCUUCAAACGUGGGGUCUUAACCUAGUUUUAUUAUAAUCCUUCAUUUUUGUAUACAAGGGUAAUAUACAUUUAGAUUUAGAAAUUAAAGUGGGCCUAGAUUGGGCCAUUUACAUUGUUUUAUACUGGAAGAAUGUAAGCUAUUGAGAGCUACUCUGAUACGACGUUAAAUACAAUUCAUACCAAGUGGGACAUUUUUUUU